UGCUGAGUUUUGAGAAAGCUUGACCGUUGAAAGCAAGCCUUCAGUAUAAUCUGAUACGUUUGUUCAAAUUUUUUACUUGUACAAGUUUUUAAGGUCCUUUAUGAUGAACUGAAGCAAACAUAAAGAUUUCAAAAGAUUAUAUUUGAAGAGAUACCCUGCUUUACAGAGUCAGCCAUUUGACACAGGGGGAAGCAACAGAUUCUUAUGAAUUAAGCCAAACUAUAAGGCCUAGUAGAUUAGCAGUCCUUAUAAAUAUGCUCUGAUCAAAGGCAAACAUGGCUCAAAUAAUCAUUCAUCUUCUCUGUUGUUGAAAAUCAACAAAAGGGAGUACAAAAAAAUAAUUGAAUUGAUUGAUCGUAGGAAGCAAAGAUGGUUCAAAUAAGGUCAUAUGUUUUGGUAGCUCUCUUUAUUGUGCUGAUUGCAGCUGAAGCCACAAUUGUUCGAGGUGAUGCCAAUGGAAAUGGGAAUGGCAACAAAGGCAAUGACAAUGGGAAUGGUAACAAUGGCAAUGGCAAUGAGGGCCAUGAUGAUGGGAAUGUUAACAACGGCAACAACAACGGUAACGGCGACGAGGGUAAUGACAAUGGCAAUCAAAAUGGUGGCAAUGGUAAAGGUAACGGUGAAAAUGAUGAUUUUGAUGACGUAGAACCUCUACCAACAGGACAGGAAAGAGCUUACUGCAAGGCAAAGGGAGGUUGUCACCAGAAGACCCUUGUGUGUCCGGCUCAGUGCCCACAGAAGAAACCCAAGAAUAACAAGAAGAAGAAGGGAUGCCAUGUUGACUGCAGCAGCAAGUGCGAGGUCACUUGCAAAUGGAGAAAACCCAACUGUAAUGGAUAUGGCUCUCUCUGCUAUGACCCUCGGUUCAUUGGUGGUGAUGGAGUGAUGUUCUACUUUCAUGGAGAAAAGGGAGGUAACUUUGCAAUAGUUUCAGACGAUAACCUUCACAUCAAUGCCCACUUUAUUGGAACUAGACCCCAAGGAAGGACACGAGACUUCACCUGGGUGCAGGCACUCUCUGUCAUGUUUGAUACUCACAAUCUUGUCAUUGCUGCCAAGAAAGUAUCACAAUGGAAUGAUAACAUUGAUGCCCUGACUGUGAGGUGGGACGGCCAGGAUAUCAAUGUCCCUAAUGAUGAAGCAGCCGAGUGGAGAGCCAACAAAGAAGAAAGAGAGGUUAUAGUGGAAAGAACUGAUGAUACUAACAGCGUUAGAGUGAUUGCUGCAGGUCUUUUAGAAAUGGACAUCAAGGUCAGGCCUAUUGGAAAAAGGGAAAAUAUAGUUCACAACUACCAGUUACCUGAUGAUGAUGCUUUUGCUCACCUGGAAACACAAUUCAGAUUCAAGAAAUUGUCGGAUCUUGUCGAAGGAGUUCUGGGAAAGACUUACAGGGCUGAUUAUGUUAGUCCUGUCAAGAUUGGUGUGCCUAUGCCAAUGAUGGGUGGUGAAGACAAGUACCGAACUCCAUCUCUCUUGUCACCUCUUUGUAACGCUUGCAGGUUUCAGGGUAAAUCAGCUCCAGGGAUUGCUACAAUCUAAUCAUGCAUUUUAAUAUAUCUACAUUAUAAACUUAAAAAAAAAGAGCAAAUAAAUAAAUAAGCUAAUAAAACAAUAUCAUUCUUUGUGUUUGGAAACAAAUCAGGCAUGUAACGCUUGUAUCAAGAUACUUUUAUUUUGGUUGCUCAAAAGGGUUCAUAUUUCAUAUAUAAUCAUUCAAUACAACAAUAACAAGAGCUAUAAAAGUUGCCUAUUACAUAUUAUGUUUAAAAUUCUGAGAGAUUUCAUAGAAAUGAAGCAAAUUUUCUACAUAGAGAAGUGCUAUGAAGGAUCAUUUUACCAAAAAUGAAGUUACAAAUGUUACAUUCAGGUCAAUAUUUGAUCUAAUUAAUAUUAAUAAUUCCUUAUUUGAAUAGAUCAGAUGGGUUGUGGGUGCUCUAAAAUUUCAUCUUGAGUUUAGAUUAGUCCCAUUGAAUUCAAAAUUUCUCAAGUCUUGAGAAUUGUAGGAGUGUGCAUGAUUUCUGGGACCCAAAAUGAAUAGAAGAAUUGUAGCGAAUUAGAAUUGAAAAGGAACCGUUACUCUAGAAACUAAACCGUAUCAAAGCAAAAAUAAUUUACUGUUUUGGUUUCAUUCUAGUU